AUGUCGAAAAACCGCCGCUCAUUAAGCGCUGCAAAAGUCGGGAAGACAUCCUUGAUUGCACGGUUCCAGAAGGAUCAAUUUGACGUGUCAGUUCUGGAAACCGUUGCAAUGGACUUGAUUAUUCUGAACAUAUCAUUAAGCGAACAAGCGCUCCGACUCGCGAUAUGUGACUGCUCAGGAAAAGAUCGAUACUGGUACCUGGUUCCGCAGUUUACCAGGGACGCACCCGUCAUUGUGGCGGUUUACGAUGUCACAAGCGAGAAGUCACUGGACGAAGCCUUGCGGAUGAUUAAAGGUCAAGUCGAACAGGCUAAGGUGAAGUCGAUGGUUUUCCUAGUGGGGAAUAAGACGGACCAAGAAGGUGGACGUAAGGUCAGCGCCCCCGCUGGCGAGGAGGCAGCAAAAGCUAGGGGAUAUGUGUUUGUCGAGACGAGUGCAAUGACAGGAGAGAAUGUUCGAUGGCUAUUCGAGGAGAUCACUCGACGACAUCUGGAGAGUGAGAAGGGAGGGAAAAGCUUUGAGACUUGA